CAAACACCUUCCUUAUCACCGUGGAAACAAACCCGCGUGUCGUGGUGUAACAGUUUGAUAACAGCGGCUGGAGACGAACACACGCGUGGAGAUACAACUGUAACAGCCUGCUCGCGCGCGCACGUGGACGGGGAUGAGUGUCUGGCAGACGAUCACUUUAAGACACGAAACCGGAAACUAAGUUUGUGUUUCCUCUUGAAAACUACACGUCCUCGGACACACUUAAGGAACCAUAGUGAACGUGUACUGGUUGUACUUGUGUCGUGUUGUGUGGAGACACUGUCAGACGUACACGUGUUCAUUCUGUAGCUCGUCCUUCAAACUGAAUACCCAGCAGUGUUAGCUAGAUAGCUAGCUAGGCUAACAGACUCACGCGAGGGUCCUGUCCGGAGGCAGCAUGUCCAAGCAGACGCUGGGGAAGACGCUGCUGAGGAACGUGAUCCGACACACAGACGCUCACAACAAGAUCCAAGAGGAGAUGGAGAUGUGGAAAAUGCGAGACUACGAGGUCCAUAGGUCCCAACCCAAACAUUCAUCAGACACAGUGUGUGUGAGGGGGAGUAUGCACUGUGAUCGAGGGGCAGAUCAAACUGGAGACGUGAGGCGUAGCAGAGAGCGAGUCUCAGAACACGACGACAGAGAGGCUCGAGACUGGACACGCAAACUGUAUGAAUUUGAGGCCAAAGACCCUGACAGAUGGGGACACAGUGGCUUCAAGGAGCUUUAUCCUGAGGAGUUUAAAAGUGGCAGAUCUACCAAGAAGCUUGGACGCCACAAAAUGAAAAAGUCCAAGUCUGACACAGAAGGAAGCCUAUCAAGACACUCCAAGAAAUCCUCUCGAAAGACCAAAAAGAAAAAGAAGAAAAAAGACGAGGACGUUAAGCGAAAGAAAGCCAAGUAUUCGAGCAGCAGCGACAGCAGCGGUGACAGCAGCACCAACAAAGACAAGCAGGGGAGGAAAAGGACUAAGAGUCGACACAAAGACAAGAAAAGUGCAAAAACCAGAGGGAGAGACGAUGACAGCAGCUCAGGGGGCAGUGAUGAUGGAGAACGAAAGAGACGGACUCACAGUCGCAAAAAGCGAAAACAGGACUUCCACAAAGACUCUGACUCAGGUCUGAAUUUAAAAAAGAGGAGGAAAAACUGGAAAGCAGCAGGUGAGGGGAGCUCAGAUGAUAGUUCUGCUAACUGAGAUUCACGGACGAGGACAGACAGAGCUCAGGUAAUGAGCAGGAAAACUACUGCGGAUUCUUCUGCUCCUCUUAACUGCACAGAGGGCUUCUCUCUGCAGGGCCGUUCUGUAUUGUACUUUGUUAGACUUCAACAAACCUGUGCUGUCAGCCCUCUCCCAGGGUGUUCGCUGUAGCAAUAUCUCAUCACCUCUGCAGUGGCUUGAAGCACAUUACGACAGCACAGGCGGCGUGAGGAGAGAUGGUGGGGUAUCCACCACCUGCCUGAUGAAGAAUGCUACUGGCUGCAGGCUCAUUGAUUUAUCACCAUGUCUCUGCUCAGUCUGUCUCACAUGAAGAACCUCUGUCCUGAAAUGACCACCGACGUUUUUUAAUUUAAAAAAUGAAAAAAGUAAAUGCAACUUUUCUCACCAAUUAUGAUAGAAUGUGCAUUUUCUUUUAUUCAUUUUCUUUUCAAUUUUAAUAUUUUGAUCAAGCACAUUAUCAUGGGUGAAAAAUAAACAUCAAAUGUGCUGUUGUUUUUAAAAUGGUUUUGUUAUUUAAAGAUUGUGCAACACACGGACAUCAUAGAUCUUAGGGACUGUACAAAAACUAAUUGUUUUGAUUGACUUGAUUUAUUAGUCAAAUUAAGAUUUUUGAAUAUUUUUUGAAACAAAUCUUAUAUUUAUAAAUUGUUAACAGAUCAAAUAGACAGCUUCCACUUUCUGUGAAGGUGCAGCCACAUACAUAGGACAAACAUUAAUAACUUUAGGGUGUUACUUUCUUUUACAAAGGGGAAACACAAGGUUCAAACGUCUGUUGUUCAAUUUAAAAUAAAACCACAUUAAUGAAUCACAGUGUUGCCCUGGCUGUCAUGUACCGUCAUUAUACUAAACAUAGACGCUGUCGUUUAUUUUGAGCUGAUCCCACAUCCACCGCUCUGCUGCCACAAGUUCUCAUUCGAACACCAAAUGUGUAUUCAUUUAAUAAACGGAGAUGAAAAUAGUUCCAGACAAAUGCACAAUUUCCUCCUGUUUGAAUAAUGUUUUUCCUGCACUGCAGCAGUGGCUGAAGGAAAUGGACUCUUUUUAAUAAUAAAUAAAUCCAUGUAUUCAUGACCCU